UUUUUUGCUCUCUCUUGCGUUUGUUUAAACACAAAGUUUCAAAACGAGAGUCUCUUCUAUUGUAUUUAGUUUUAUUUGAGCGAGUUUGAAUUUAAGAAUAUUUGUCAUAAAUUUACUUUCUGGUGGACUAUACAGGAAAAGGUUUUAUUUGCUUUGCUCGUACUAAUGACUUUGUAAUUCUAAAAGUAUAAAACUAUAGGAAAAGAAACCUGGAGAAAUAAAACAUCAUGAAUGUAUAGGCGUUUGGAUAGAACUGUUGAGAGCUGAUGAAAUGUUGAAAGCAAACAAAACUAAAGAUAGAAAGAUUCGUAACAACUAGACCUACUAACAAGUUGGGAUAUUUGGUGUGGUGUGUAUAGAGCUUUGAAUCUAGAAGUGAUAUUUCGUGUGUAUAGAGCUUUGGAUCUAGAAGUGACAUUUGUUGUGUAUAGAGCUUUGGAUCUAGAAGCGACAUUUGUUGUGUAUAGAGCUUUGGAUCUAGAAGUGACAUUUGUUGUGGUGUAUAGAGCUUUGGAUCUAGAAGUGACAUUUGUUGUGUAUAGAGCUUUGGAUCUAGAAGUGACAUUUGUUGUGUAUAGAGCUUUGGAUCUAGAAGUGACAUUUGUUGUGUAUAGAGCUUUGGAUCUAGAAGUGAUAUUUCGUGUGUAUAGAGCUUUGGAUCUAGAAGCGACUAUAGCAUUAAGCAUGCAGGCUUUUAUUGAUACCUACAAGCUUCACAACCUCAUAUCCAGGGAAAUAACGCCCCUGACGUGUCCAGGCUAUGUAUGGGCGUGGCACAUAUUCUACGACUGUGUUCUGACUACAGCGAAUCUAUCCGGCUACUUUCUUGCUGGGGUCUCGUCUGUGUUAUGGCUGGUAGGAUGGGUCAUACAAGUAAGACAUGUCUAUCAAGUAUCUGUGACGUCAGUGUGGUUUCUAGUAUGGCUGUACCUUGUCGCUGAUGUCUUCAGUUUGAUCGGGGCGGUCAUGUCUAUGCAGAUCAUGCUCAUAAUUCUGAACGAUGUCAUGGUCUGUUCUGUGGAAGUUUGUCUACUGGCAUGCCUUGCUCUGAUCACGUGUUCUAAAUGCUUCAAAGUCAUUGGUUUUGAUGCAAACCUCUACAAACAAUUUAAACUAUUGUUUUCCAAGCCAUCCAGCGGGACUGUCUUUCUUGCAUUAACAUUUGUGUUCAUCUUGUUGGUUGUAAGUUUGACGAACACUUUGACUAUAUUUUCUGGCAUCCAGGAAAUACCGAUGACACACGAAUAUUUUGUCUUGUUUACUUUCAGACACACGAAUAUUUUGUCUUGUUUACUUUCAGACACACGAAUCUUUUGUCUUGUUUACUUUCAGACACACGAAUAUUUUGUCUUGCUGACGAUGUUAGGUCGAUUGUUUGGAUGCUUAAGUUGUUUUUGUAGAUUGGGCAUUGAAGUGACCCUGGUCAGAAUUAUUUCUCUGCCAACUUCAACUGCAAAUGUGUCCUGGAGAAUCAGCUGCUGUAUACACGUCCUAUCAGACAUGUUGUUUCUUCUAGCCGUCUUGUUACAGUCUGGAGGUUUUCAAAUGGCUAUCUCAACUCUACCUUGGCUCAUCAAGAGAUUUAUGCAAGCAUUUUUACUCAUAUGCAAACUAUGCUGUUUGACAUGGACAUCAGUGUGCUGUCAUUCAGACAUUGCACACUCAGCGGACACUGGUCAGCAGGACGGCGGGAAUAAAGUGAACUUAAAAUACAAGCAAUUGGUCGAUGGAUCUGAAAGUGAUACCAGUGAAGACCACAUCCUCUAUGACAAGGCCUGGACUGCUGUGCCCGCCAAGUUUGACCAGCAGUAUCAGCAGUUCAACAAUAUCGAACAGCUUGGGUUUUUGCAGAAGUUAGAUCAUCGUCAUGACGUCAUUUCUACAACAGAAUCUGAUUGGACAAGUCUAAGCCAAGAACAAGAAAUAACGAUCAAUCAGUAUGAAAUCAAGGAGAAUGGCAGAAAGAAUGAAACAGGAGAACAAACGUUUCGUCAUUUAUGUCAUGAUUUGAAGUCAGACAGACCAGACCUCUCCCUAGACUUGACCUCGUCCGUGGAGAGAGUUAAAUCGUGGAUUUCUUCCUCCACUCCAGACGAGGAAAUGCCGCCAAGUUUGACUUUGACUUUAAAUCUCGAUUCGCCCCACAGAAAUGGUGACUUAAACUCAGAGUUAGAUCACCGGAGAAUGUUUUAUAGUGGAAUGGUGUUGUCCCCAAGAAAGAACUCUUUCUAAAAAAAAACAUUUUAUCAUUUAUAAGUUUUGUUGGCCACCACAUCUGUGUUGUUCCAUUGUGACAAUGAAUCUAGAGAGAGAAAAACUAAUAGAGAAAAUAUCGAUUGAACACCUUUUUUUUUCAUUUCUUUGUUUCCUAAUAAGAAAAAAAGGAGAAUGAAGAGAUUAGUGAAAUGAAGAGAUUAGUGAACAAUUCAACCAAUUUUGGAUUUCUCUCUAUUUACAGGGUGGCCCAAAAGUAGGUUUACAGUUAUUUAACUACCUGUUAUAUGGUGACAAGCUCUCUCCACAGAGAUUGGAAGAAUGUGGCUAUGUUCAAUCUCUGAGAGAUUCAAUUGUUGAUGUUCACAGGUAGAACGAAUUCCCCGCUGUUCUAGUGUCGACUUUUUAAACAAAUAGUCUACGUGAUAACUGUAAACCUACGUUUGGGUCACCUUGUAUAGGCUAGCGUAGUAAUAACAUCUUCAAUCAUUGGCAUUAAAAGAUGUAGAGAGAGUUAGAGUGAUUUAAUGUUCUGAAUUGUAUGCAUUUGUAUCACAGGUGAAACCGUUUAAAAUUAAAGGGGAAGACAAAAAUAAUGAAUGGCAUGAAAAAAACAAACUUAUUUCUAAGAUAACAUUCCUUUGGCAGCAAUAUGUUAUUAUUGAUUUUAUUGGAUUGAAUGAUUUGUUCUCUGUUGUUAUGAUUAAACGACCGGUGAUUUGUUAAAUGAUUAUAUUUAUUUAUUUUGAAAUUAAAUAUACGUGCUUUUUAAA